CAAAAGGAGAGCGGUUUGGAAACAGUGGAGGGCAUCGUUCCUCUUUCAUUCUCAGGGAGGGGAGAAAAAAAGAGAGGAGAGAGUAGGAGGAGACGUUCGUAAGCACACUGUAUUGACUGAAGGAGUCGCCACGGCAGAAAUGAACUGAGAGCUCAUCAUCUCCUCACCUGCCUCCAGUUCACACACACAAGCGAGGGCAUGAGAGUUGAGAAACCGAAAGAAAGCUAAAAGAAACGGGACAGGAGCGAAAGAUAAUUAAGGGAGAAAGAAACUGCAGAGGAGACAAAUCGAGAGAGACAUCAAAGAACAGCAGCAGACAUGGGCUGCAAGUUGCCGAAACCCCGAGGAUCAGAUGAAGCUCCGGGAAAGAUUUUCUCCACCCUCAGAAGAGCACAAGUGGAGACACACUCCGGAGUGGCCUACACCUACCACUUCCUGGACUUCCUGUUAGGAAAGGAAGAGGUGACAGUGUCCUCAUUGCUGUGUCUGUCGUCAGUCAGAGAGCUUCCAGUGCAGGUGUGUGAGUUGUAUCAGAAGGGAUUCGUACUGGCUGCUGUCCAUCCCUUUGUUCACUCCUGUGGCCCUGCUAGUGCUAACCUACAGAAGCAGUUACACCGAGCCGUGCUCAUCAGACAAACGCACAGUGGUUCCGACAGUGGUCUGCUGAACUGGGUGGAGCCUCAUCUCACAACAGACGUGUGUUACCUCGGUCACCAGGACCCUGCUCCAGAAGUCAUACAGGGCUAUGUGAAAAAGGUGCAGGAUUUGGCUGAUCAGGGUGAUCUGUUUGUGGGGUUUUUGCCCCAGCCCGGCGGGGGUCCAUAUUUCCUUGGUCACUGGGAACCAGAAGAGCUUUCCUCCUUGCACUCCAGCCCCUGUUCUGUGCAUCACAGCAGCAGACCUCCAACCCUCAGCCCUGUGAGCGAGCGGAGCCAACAGGAUAGAGACAAUGAGGAUCAUCGAAACCAGAAUCACACAAACUUUAAUCCAGAUUUUGAGAACCAGAGCCAACAUGAUGAAAACUUUAUGAACCACAGCCUUCAAAUACAAAGCACUGAGAGCAGCCAGUGCUGGAAUAAUCAAAAUCCUUUCACUGAGAACCAUCAGUGCCCAGAGUAUCAAUAUCUGAAUGUUGAAUGUGUAUGUACACAAGCUGAGGAUUUAAAGAACCGAGUGUCAUCGCAUGAGUUUAUAUUAAGCUCUUGUGCACCAGAGCCACAUCAGACCCAGAGUACUAGAAUGCAGCCCGUCCCACCCAGCUGUGAUUUGGCAGAAAAACACAAAAGAGAGCACAGAGAGCAGGUCAAAAGCCAAGACAAACCCAGCAAGUGCACUGCAACCACCCAGAUGUUGAAUCGUGUGCAGGUGUUCGCGCUGUACAACCACACGAUAGUUCUGUCGGGAUCGCCAAAAUUCUUUUCUCUGAGGGUUCCACUGCAGGUGCAAAGGGAGGCGGGGCUUGUUAGCUCGGUCGACUCUCAUUGGCUGGAUCACAUGACGCAGCACUUCAGAAGUGGCGCACAGCUCAUCGACGGCUACUUUCACCUCGGAGACGAUGCAGCAUCUUCUUCCACUGUGGAGAGUGUUUUUAUCUUCCAAAGUCCUUCAGGUGAUGUUGGGCCAACCACAGUGUAUGAUGCUAUUGUAGUUGAGCAAUGGACUGUGAUUGAUGGUGUUGCGGUGAAGACAGACUACAUCCCUCUGCUCCAGUCUCUGGCUCCAUACGGCUGGAGACUAAUGUGUGUGCUGCCCACUCCCAUAGUCAAAAUGAAAAGUGAUGGAAGUUUGGCCACAAAACAGAUCCUCUUCCUCCAGAGACCCACGCUGCCUCGCAAGAGGAGAGACUUGACGAAACUGCACCUCAGAGGUCAAAACAAAAGAAACUUGAAUAGUAAGAGGACAUCAGAGAGGGAGAUAUCACCGCUGGCAACGAUUGAGAGAGAAAUGGAAAGAAUGGAGAGAGAAAACACAAGUCUGAUGAGACAACGUGAGAUCAUCCAAAAGGAAAAUGGGCAGACUUUGCCAGAAAGCCCAGAGAGGAGAGAUCAAGCGGAAAGGACGGUGGAAUUCCACACACAGAGGAUCGACAUCCCAAACAUCAGCCCAGCAAAAAAGGACGGCAUUACAAACAGCGAUCAGGAAUUAAAGCACACGAUCACACGUGGUAAAUUAGAGGAAGUGCGAGCUGUGGUAACAGAGAGAGCUUUAUUCUCUGGAGUGUGCUGACAGUAUUCAUUUAUGCAUAUUUAACCAUUACAAUAUGUUCAUGUUUAUUCAGGCAGAACACACUCUCAUCAGGCCGUUGUCUGGGCAUAUACAUCUGCUCACAGAGUAACUGUCCUGGUAAGAUUGCGAAGAGGUGUUUGAAUUUCGUAAUUAUUUGGGUUUUUAAGGUGAAUUGCUAUAGCAGAUGGCAGGAGAUUCAAACAAAUAUGUGAAAAUGUCCAUUCAAGAGUUCUGAAUAUGUUAAACGCUGACCAAUGUGUUGAGACUUGUGCCUGUGUGAAUCUGUGAUGUUAACUCGUUUUAUUACAUAUAAUAUUAGCAUAUCCAAUAUGUCACACUAGCUCAAAUGCAUAAAAUCCACAAGAUUUUCAUUUAUUGAAGACAGUCGCAGUAAGGAUGACAGUAACUGAUGUCUUUGUAAAGUAACAGUUAUAGUGAAUGUCUGUGAGACUAUGUUAAUGGUGUAAAUAAAAAAAAAGCUUUCAAUGAUGGGCUUAAGAUGCAAAUUAGAGACGCAGCAUUUACAGCAACAGCUUGCAGUUUUCUUAUGUUUUUAAUGUCGUUUUUAAUUGUAACUUUAAACAAUUCCUCACUAUUAAUGGUAAAGAAUUUGUUUUGAAGAACCAGGGGCGUAGCAACCAUCCUCCCUAAUUUGUGGGAGAUAAUUAUAUUUUAAGAGUUCAAUUUUGCUUAAUUAUAACGCAAAAAAAAAAUCAUCAUGGCAGCUGUAGUCUACCUUUUACAGUAAAAUUAGAUAAAUAACUAGGACCAUGCUAAAAAAAAAAGGCAUGACUUGCACUUAAAAAGCAUAAUAUAUGAUACUGGUUUUUUUUUUUUUCAGAUUUUUUUUAAUGAAUUUUUAUGAUAUUGAAACAAUUUCAACAAACAAAUUUUGGUAAAAUUCAGGUAGAUGGUAGCUCAUGGGGUGUUAUGAAUAUGGCUGCCAAGUAAGCUGAUUACACUUAAUGUCGGCAUGAAACAGAAGAUUUGAUAGUCUUUUCUUUUCUAUGUGAUGUAUCUGAGUGAAACGGCUUCCUGAACAAGAAAAAAUAUGGGGCGGAACUUGAUUUUGUCCAUCGGGAAUUGAUUGGAUGGUUGGGGUUUGCUGUUGAUUUCAUGCGAGUGUCAGGUUGUCUCGCCCCACACGUCAUCAGAGAAGAGAAGAGAAGAGAUGUUGUUGCAAGAG